GACUCUCUCCAACCCACCACAACCAUCUCGCUGCUCUACUUUCGCGACCCCGCUACUUUUCGUCAACCAACCCCCCCUCCUUUCCACCAAACCCACUUAGCAGAAGUUCUCGACAAAGACAGGUUUAUGUCAACUAUCGAAAACCUCAAGACCUUCGACCCCUUCGCCGAGGCCGACGAAGAUACAGGCGAGACCAAGCAGUCUCAAAACUACAUACACAUCCGAAUCCAGCAGCGCAAUGGCCGUAAGACCUUGACUACGGUCCAGGGUCUCCCCAAGAAGUUCGACCAGAAGAAGAUCCUCAAGGUCAUCAAGAAGAAGUUCGCCUGCAAUGGCACCAUCGUGAACGACUCGGAGAUGGGUGAAGUCAUCCAGCUCCAAGGCGACCAGCGCAAGGAUGUCCAGGAAUUCUUGACCGACAAGAAGGAAGGCUUGGAGCUUGACGCCAAGACCAUCAAGGUCCACGGUUUCUAAGCCCACUCCACCGCGCCCCACCCGCGAUUCGGAUCGAAGUGGCAUCCCUUCUCACGGCGUCAUGAAGUACCACUCACGCGGGCUCUGUGCUCGCACACAGCCGUGCCAGCUUCGCUUGCGAGGGCCGGGUUCUUAAGUUUCACCUAAACUUACAAAUGGGGGCGGGCGUUGGGCAAGAUACCCUUGCCAUGGCUGACACUACGGUCAUGUGCUUUUAUCACGAUUGCGGUCUUCCUUUUUUUGCUUACUACUCUUUCCUCAUUUCUGGUUUCCACAUGACGGGAUGACUGCUUUUUAUUAUCGCCUUCUUCUUCUCCUUCGCUGCUCCAUGCGAAAGAGAGUGUGAGGAUGGUGGGGUGGAAAGUGAAGAAAGUCGCUAUCUGUCCCUACUGCACGCUUAGCGAUCGAUGCGGCAUUCCCGUCAACCGCUCGCGCGGGCCACUAUAGGAAUGAAUGCAAAAUAUUUCGGUGAC